AUGUGGAUUGUGCACCACAAGGGAGACCCCCAUGGUGAUUACCGCAUCCUAUUCCCCGAAAAGAAUUACAAAGUAGGUCGAAAUGAUCAAUUAGAUUUCGUGUUUAAUUCGCGUAAAUCUGCAAGAGAGUUGUUGGAACUUGUGGUGGGACCAGCAUCACUAAAGACACCAUUGAGCCUAUGCAUUCUAUCCCGGGCAAAGACCAAUGUAAGUGGGGCCAUAUUACGGCUAAGCAAAGGAGAACGACCGAAGGAGAUCGAUUAUACAAACAGCUCAAAAAUCACCAUACAAGUGGAGCCUGAUUCGGACACGCAAUUGAAUGAUUCCCCAAUUACUAUUGAAUGGGUGCAUGUUAAGGUAUUCAUUGACACUGAGGAUGAUACUAUCAAAGACUUGAAACGAUCCGGUGUAGAUUUUACAUAUGUUGACAAUUUACAUGAUGCUACUCAUUUCUACACAACUCAAGCAAUGCCCAACCUGGCUCAUUUCAAAAACGCUGUAGUCAAAGGGAUACCUAUAGUCAAUGACUAUUGGGCCAAAACGGUGCUUAGAAAGCCCAAUAAUGUGGACAAGUGGUUGCUCAAUUGUGAUUAUUCUUUAUAUCUUCCCAAUGAAAACAGUGCAUACUUGCCCGAGCCUAGAAGGAAACUUCUCGAUACAAAAUUGAUAUCAUUUGAGCCCAUUGAAUGGUUGGAUGCAACCGUAGUGGAAAAGACAGAAGAGGAAAUACAAUCACACGUGGGUACAGACCGGUUCAUUUUGAUUAAUUCAUUCGAUGUGUUUGGAUUCCAAGCAGUGCAUCAAGCAGAUCUUUGGAAUAGAGUUGUAUCGAAAACUUUGGACUCGCUACCUACAAACAGAGUGAUGGAGCAGUCACAAAAGAGAGCAUUGUCGACAGAAACACAACUGAGUCCCCGAAAACGACGGAGGUACGAAAAAGUUGACAAGCUUCAUUUCUUUUCACCAAGUGCCACAUCAAUUCCAGCAGUUGAGAGACAAGAAGAUUCGCCCAAGAAUGAAGAUACCAAACCCAGUAUUGGCAAAUUAGUUCCAAAACUCGCUGCACCUAAACUCAUUGAGACGGAAAAAACCAAUUGUAAACCUCCAUCACCAGAGUUAACACCUGCAUCUCCAGAACCUAUCGAUGAUGCUCCCACAAAUUCUAGGAAAAGGCGAAGCGAGUCCUUUACGUCUCACAAGGCUCCAAAAAUCCCCAAAUUUGCUCCCAAAGUGUCAUUUGCUGACGCAGUGAUGCAAACCAAAGAAAAAACAAAGGAAUUAUGGGAAAAGGAAUUGGGAAUACUGGAGGAUUCUGAAGGAAUUGCUGAAAAUUUGACAAAUUUGGCCAUUGUUGAAGUUGUUGAUGUGCCGAUCAGAAGAAGGCGAAGGGAAAACAAUACCGUUGCUACGACUAAAGGCAAGAAUUUCAAAAAGUUUGUCAAAAGUGUGCCGAUGAAGAGACAGAAAUCACGCCCACACAUUGAUAUGGUUAUUGAAGAAACUACCAACAUGCUACUACCAAAACUGAAACAAAAAUCGAAACAAAAACAAAAACACACUGCCAUGGAUGAAGAUUUCAAUGGUGUAAUGAGCGAUGUACGUGGGUACGAGCCUAACUUGUUUGUUUCUGAAGAGGAAUCCGAAGGUGGUAACGAGGAAUCCACCACCCAAUCGUUUUCCACCAGCCAAGCAAACUUAAGUGCUGAUAGGGCAAGAAGACGCCGAAAUCAACCCAUUAACAAGGAUGACCUAGAUGACGACGACGACGACGACGAUGAUGAUGAUGAUGAUGAUGAUGAUGACGAUGACGAGGACCAGCCACGAUUUGGAUUUAGCCGGUAG